ACACUUGCAGAAAGUAGCGAAGUGAUGUGAUGUGAAGUUAUCUUCCAAGAUGACUCUUCUACCUGGAGAAAAUUCUGAUUAUGACUAUAGUGCCCUGAGCUGUGCUUCAGAUACUUCCUUCAACCACACAUUCUUUCCAGAAACAGAAACCCUUAAGGGAGUCUUUUACCAAAGAGCCAAGCUAAUUCACCCUGAAGAGGAUCUCCUGAAAGGGUUUCACCCUGAUGAUCGGAAGCAUCAUAUUAUUAUAAACGUAGGGGGCAUUAAGUAUUUGCUCCCAUGGACCACGCUUGAUGAAUUCCCAUUGACACGUUUGGGACAACUAAAAUUCUGCAACAAUUUUGAUGACAUUCUAAACAUCUGUGAUGAUUACGAUGUGACAUGUAAUGAAUUCUUUUUCGACCGCAACCCAGGAGCAUUCAGGACAAUCCUGACCUUUUUGCGGGUUGGAAAACUUCGGCUCCUGCGGGAGAUGUGUGCGUUGUCUUUCCAAGAGGAGCUGCUCUACUGGGGAAUUGAGGAAGACAACUUGGACUGGUGUUGUAAAAGGAGGUAUCUGCAAAAAAUGGAGGAGUUUACUGAAAUAAAUGAACGGGAGGAUGACCUCAUAGAAAAUGAAACAGGUGAAACAUUAGAGGAGACAAAAAUUGGCUUGUGCAUGAGAAAGUUACAAGACAUGGUGGAAAGACCCCAGUCUGGCCUCCCUGGGAAAGUGUUUGCUUGUUUGUCUGUUUUAUUUGUAACUAUUACAGCAGUGAAUUUAUCCAUCAGCACCAUGCCUGACCUAAGGGAGGAGGAGGAAAAGGGUGAGUGUUCCCAGAUGUGCUACAAUAUUUUCAUUGUGGAGUCUGUCUGUGUGGCAUGGUUUUCACUGGAGUUCCUGCUAAGAUUCAUCCAGGCAAAGAGCAAGUUUGCAUUUUUGAGAAGACCACUAACCCUGAUAGACAUCAUAGCCAUUCUGCCAUAUUACAUCACUUUGCUAGUAGAUACCACUUCAGUGGGCUACAAAAAGCCCAGCUCUGGGAGCAUCUACCUGGACAAAGUAGGUCUGGUCCUCCGUAUACUCCGUGCCUUGAGGAUUCUUUAUGUCAUGCGGCUGGCCAGGCACUCCCUAGGGCUGCAGACGCUGGGGCUGACUGCUCGCAGGUGCACCCGGGAGUUUGGUCUCCUGCUGCUCUUCCUCUGUGUGGCCAUUGCACUGUUUGCACCGCUCCUGUAUGUCAUCGAGAACGAGAUGGCGGACUCGCAGGAGUUUACCAGCAUCCCCGCGUGCUACUGGUGGGCUGUCAUCACCAUGACCACGGUAGGCUACGGAGAUAUGGUUCCCAGGAGCAUUCCUGGCCAAGUGGUGGCACUGAGCAGCAUCCUGAGUGGCAUCCUCCUCAUGGCAUUUCCAGUCACUUCCAUCUUCCACACGUUUUCACGGUCCUACAUUGAGCUAAAGCAAGAACAGGAAAGAAUAAUGUACAGGAGAGCACAGUUCUUAUUAAAAACAAAGUCUCAGAUAAGCAGUGCAUCACAAGGGAGUGAUAUUUUAUUUCCCAGUCUCUCUUCUGAGACUAGGGACAAUGAAUGAAAUUUAAGUUGCUGUUUUUCCUCAUGUCAAGUAAUGUUUUGUUGUAUCAGAUUUCAUCUUUUAAUUUGCUUUGGAAGCAUUUUACAAAGGUAACCCUCAUAUUAAAAGGAAGAAAAGGGACUAUUAACCAGGAA